GACCUUGUCUAAAAUCAGCUCAUCAUUAUCAUCGUUACUUUUUCUCUCAGAUCUCUUCAAACCCUAGCAAUCGAAUUUUUCUUUGGUUCCAAAUUCAUGUCGACGAUGGCUGGAAUUCAAGGCCAGAUCCUCGAGGUCACUGUGGUUGGGUGCCAGAAACUGAAAGACACGGAGUGGUUUUCAAGACAAGAUCCGUAUGUUGUCUUAGAGUAUAGUGGUACAAGACACCGUACACGAACCUGCACAGAUGGUGGAAAGAACGCAGUGUUUCAAGAGAAGUUUGUGUUCAGUUUACUUGAAGGACUUAGGGAUCUUAAGGUUGCUGUUUGGAAUAGUAACACACUCUCCACUGAUGACUUCAUUGGCAAUGCUACGAUUCAGUUGCAGAAGGUUCUGUCUCAGGGGUAUGAUGAUUGUACCUGGACUCUUCAGACCAAAACUGGCAGAUAUGCGGGAGAAGUAAGACUAAUACUGCAUUACGCAGGCGCAAAGAAACAAAACUACGGCUCUGCACCAUCAGCACCACCGUAUGCGCCUCAAGCACCUCACUACUCUGCACCGCCUGCUCCAUCUCCAUACUCUUCACCACCAUACUCUGGACCAUCUCCUUACCCACAAGGUCAAUACUCUCAGCCUCAAUCAGCAUACCCACCAGCUUCAGCUUAUCCUCCUCAGCCAUCUGCGUAUCCUCCUCCUCCUUCAUCUGCUUAUCCUCCCGCUCCUUCAGCUUACCCUCCAGGUCCUUCGGCUUACCCUCCUCCUCCGCCAUCCUCAGCUUACCCUCCUCCUCCAUACCCUCCUCAACCCUCACCAUAUUACCCACAAGGUCCAUAUCCAGGACAAUACCCGCCGCCUCCGUACUAAAACUCCGGCGUUUAGAAUUGACAUGAAAGUGGUUAUGAUGUAUAGGUCAUAAUGCUACUAGUGACAUGCUAUUCCUAGAACUUUGUGACGAUUUUUUUUUGUUCUUUCUUUUUAUCUUCUUUGUGCUUUUGUUGGCCUUUGCGAAAUGUAGCGUAAUGGUUAGUUUUAUGCUAUGAUCAGUGAGACUCAUUAGGAAAGCUUGGAUAUGUUCUUAUUAAGCUAGCUUGCAGGUUAUGUUGCAAAAUAAUCGAACUAUUACCUUAAAAAAGACCUAUAUUGUGGGUGUGUAUGUGUGUGUGUGGUUCAUCCAACAUCUUUAGUUACAUACAAUUCUUAAGAGCUUGUUUAGACUAUGAUUAACUGGAAUUUUAAAAUUGUAUUCUUAGCAAAAGUUAAGAACCUCCCUAAGAACCCCGUUAAUAUGUUUUGCAGUAUUUUAAAAAUCAGUCUAGUAUGGUUUUCAAAAAAUUUAGUACAGAUACCUGCUUAAACAGUGUUUUUUUAUUUAAAUAAAAUGUCUAAUCAC